AUGGACAUGGAACUUGAUUAUGAAAAUUUUUAUUGUCAAGAAAGUGCCGCUAAUGUUAUUGUUAAUGAUAAAACCAGCCACGGCAAUAGCGAUUAUGAGGAUGAUGAAGAAGACGAGAAACGUCACCAACGCUUUAAAAAUGAAAAACGGUCGUCAAUAACUGUAAAUUUUGACUGUGUAAAGACAGGUUUAGCGGUACAAAGCAAUACCAGUUGUGCACUGAAUGAUACUGAAAAUUACAAUUCUUUUGGAAUCUGCAAAACCAUAACCAAGCAAACAUCAAAAACUUCAUUUAAAUCUUUAACUAAUGCUAUCACCGCCACUGAAAAUAUAUCUACCCAAGUUAUGCAAGAAAGAAGAAAACGUAAGAUGUUUACCUCCUCCGAUAAUGAAAAAACACAAAAUAGAUUGUCAAUAUUUUCAAGGAUUAAGUUUUCAGAACAGGUCAAAUCAACUGCCCAGACUUCUAUUCUCUCGCGACUUGGGCAUGUUAACUCAAUCCCUGAUAAUAAUGCUAUUUCACUGAAUGAAUCAUUGACAGAUAUCUUGUAUCCACCAGUUUCCAAGAAGUUAAAAGUAUCAUAUAAACAAGAAGAUUCAUUCGAUUAUCAUGCCGAUAAUUCUGGAUCUCAAAUUCAAGUUUCUUUAGAAAGAAUAAAAAUCGGAAUAUUUGGCUACUCGAAUAAAUGUUCGGUAAAUCUUGAUCCAGAAAAUGGAACCUUGACAUUAUUUUUGGAUGGCGAGCAACAUAAAGUCAAUUUCAAGAUUAAUUGCCUUGAACAAAUACGAGAAUUUUUUUCUGACGGGAUUCAAGUAUCUAUUGACCGGAUAAAGUCGUCAUCCAGAACAAAUAUCGAAUUGUUUGCUGAGAAUUUGUCUUCUGAAUAUAAAAUAUUGUUAUUCGGAGAAAGCUUGAGGAAUGCUUUGAAUACUCUGACAAAAUACAAUCCAACGGACUUGAAAUCAUCGAUUUUUUCUGAGAUUGUGUUCAUUCUCGAGUUUCAAAACAAAAACCACGUAAUCGCAAUCGACGGUGCCACAACUCUACCCACCUUCGUCGAACUAUUGCGGAAAAAGUUGAAUUCAAAGUACAUUGAGAUUCCAUUGAUAUAUCCAUACUCAAGAAAAGGAAAGUUAUAUGUUGAUUCUGAAGAAGAUUGGGAUUAUUGCAAACAGUCAGCAAUUUCGGGGCAGGCAUAUAAUCCAUUUGAUGCUUUGAUUUUGAGAAUUUUGGAGUACUUAUAUUGGUAA